AUGCCCACUGUUACUGGCAUCGAUCCGAUACCCUUCUCACGCGAUACAUUCCCAAUGCUACACUCAGCUGCCUUGGAGAAGUGUCCUGAUGAGAAGAGUAGAGCGGCCAUGACUAGUCGGGCUGAGAACUCUAUACGAUGGCGAUUCAAGGAGGGGACUGACAAUAAGGAAAUAGAAUCCAACGCUCG